AUAGUUUUAAUAAAAAUUACUAAUUAAAAAUAAAUAAAAAAAAUAAAUAACCUCAACCAUCCAAUUUAAAAAAUUGUGGUAGUCAAAAGUCAUAAGACUACAUUAGAGUCAUCUCCUAAACGUACUUAUAAUUAAUAAGAAGUACUAUUAUGUUGGAUGUUCGCAGGGCAUAUUUUAGGUGUAAUCAGAGAACUCUUGAAGGAUGUUUUGCUACAAAGCUAGUUCAAAGAACCGAAGAUGACCCUGCCUUCUUUCAAGUCAUUUACCGCGGUAUGCACACCUGCUCUAAGGCUUCCUCUUCCUCCUUCCCCACUAACCCUACACAAAAACCCGAGUCCAUCGAAAUCAUAGCGUAUCCUCCUUGUCAACAAUCAAAGGAUACCAUGUUGAUAUUUGAAAAAGAUAUCAAACCCUUUAGUAGUAGUACUCUACAAACUCAUCAAAUUCCCACUACAAUGCCAAAUUAUAACACUAAUAAUUAUAUUAAUCUUAGUUUUCCUACAAAUACAAUUACAAAUACGUUCCAAUCUCCUUCAUGUGAAGCGAACAUGAUUGACUUCAAUCAUCGUAAUGAGACAGUAUAUAAUCCACAAGGAGCUUUCGUUCGUGGAGUUACACAUCCAUCUUCUUCUUCAGGUACUCAUUAUUCUGAUAGUGCACCACACCUUUCAUUUGAUCAAGGUGAAUUUGACCGUGAUUUUUUCAUUGACAACCCAAAUUACAUUCAGUAA